AUGAGCUACGCCUACGCACGCAGCGCGGGCGCUUCAUCCCUCCCUUCGUUGAAUUCAGUUUCUGGACAAGCAUCAGGUGUCGUUCGACAGGCAUUGGAGGGAUUGCCGGCUACGGCGAAGCAAUGGUUUGCGGAGGGGGCUGCGAGUUUUGGGAGGACGAGGGGGAGGCGUGAUGUCCGCGGGAUGGCGGUGUUGGGUUUUCGGCGCUUGUUUACGGUCGCCAAUGCUGUUGUUCUUAUGUGGUUGUUUACGAUUUGGUAUGGAGAGCGGACGGUCUUUCAAGAGGCUAUUGAUCGAUGUGUUUGGGAGAGCUGGGAGAAAUGGCCUCAAGGUGCCACGCCGCAUCAUAUCGCUUUCAUUGCCGACCCCCAGCUUGUCGAUCCUCAUACUUACCCCGGCCGCCCGUGGCCUCUGUCGACACUUACGGUCAAAUACACCGAUCAAUAUAUGCGUCGAUCGUUCUCGCUUAUACAAGAUAACCUAGAGCCUGACUCCGUCUUGUUUCUAGGGGAUCUGUUUGAUGGCGGGCGAGAAUGGGCUACCAGCACGACCACCAGCCCCGAGGCACGAUAUAAGAAGAUUAAGGAUUCAUUCUGGAAGACGGAAUAUGGUCGGUUCAUGAGGAUAUUCAUUGAACCCUGGCUCAAGCAUCGUGGACGCAGGAUUAUUGCCAGUUUGCCUGGAAACCAUGAUCUGGGAUUCGGCAAUGGAAUCCAAGAACCCGUGCGCCGGCGGUUCCAAAGUCACUUUGGCAAUGGUAACCGGGUUGAUGUGAUUGGGAAUCACACUUUCGUUUCUGUCGACACCGUCUCGCUGAGUGCGAUGGACCAACCUGAUCCUCUGACGGGGAGCUCCCCUAAAAGUGAAGGCAAUGAAGAUGACCUUCCUCGGCCCAUCUGGAAAGAUGCAGAUGAAUUCUUGGACCAACUGGCUGUCCGCAAAGCAACCGCGGAGACGGAGGAGCUCCGGGUGCUACAGGACCAGUCGGAAGAUAUGCUCUUUAAACACUAUAUCGUGGAAGCAGGAGAUGAUUCUGUCGAACGACUUCCACAGCCCAAGUCAGCAGGGUUUCCUACCAUUCUCCUUACGCACGUUCCUCUCUACCGCAAGGCAGCGACUCCCUGCGGUCCAAUGCGUGAGCGUCUUCCGCCAUCAGCACCGGGCCUCGAAGAAGACGAGCCUAAUUCACUCCGGCUGGGCGGUGGUUAUCAAUACCAGAACGUGCUGACCCAGACCAUCUCCACGGAAGUGGUAUCCAAGGCCGGGCCCAACGUGGUCCAAGUCUACUCCGGCGACGACCACGACUACUGCGAAGUCACGCACCGCGAAUUCAACGGCUCCCCCAACGAAAUCACCGUGAAGAGCAUAUCCUGGGCCAUGGGCGUCCGACACCCAGGCUUCGUACUCACCAGUCUCUGGAACCCCAUCGACCCAAUCACGGGCGAGUCCACCCAAAAAGGCUCCUCACCCACCAUCCAAAACCACCUCUGCCUCCUCCCCGAUCAACUGGGUAUCUUUAUCCACUACCUCUGCAUCCUGGGCAUUAGCAUAGCCAUACUCCUCGCUCAGGCCCUCUACACUACACUCAUUUCCCCCGAUUUCCCCGCCCCCGCCAACGGCUCCGUUCUCCCCCUCGCCGAGCGACGCAGCUUCCACCCCAAUCACCAAUACCAGUCUAGUACGUCCAGCUCCACGUUCCCCUCCGGUGGCCUAAUCGGGCGCGCCGGCAUUUCACCUUCCCCCCGCUACUCCAACGGCAAGGCUUAUCGGGGUCUAGAUGAUGAUGAUGAUGAUGCUGUGAGCACGAAAGAUAAGGGAUUGUAUCGGCCGGCUGUGCCUGCGAAGGGUCUGCGAGCGAAGACUGCGCUUGUUGGGAGGAGUUUUGCGCGGUCUGUUCGGUCUGUUGCGCUGGCUGUGCUGGGGGUGUACUUUGUUCUGAUCUGGCGCUGGUAG